UUUCGGCCACCGUACAAUCCAGGUUUACUCUUAUCGCGAGAUUUCUCAGAAGGUGAGAAAAAACCCCAAGCUGCGAUGCUAACGGCUUGUUAGCCUUCUGUACUGACUGUUUCGCAUCCAGCUAGAUGGAGGAGAAAACGCUUGACUGUUAUUAAGGAAGGGUUUCCAGAGAGGCUGAGACCAGGGUGGAUUGGAAGAUGUAGCCAAGAGUGAAGUGGGUCAUCUCUGCAGUACCUCACCUUUCCUGCCCAGUCAUAAUCAAAAAACUUUUCACCUCGACCCUCUGCCACCCUAACUCUGGAGCACUUUCACUCCUAACCAGGGCUGCCCAGUGCGUGACUCGGCCGUCCUCAGUCAGUCCGUCCCUGGUUGAAGACCCUGCCGUCCUCAGCUAUGCUGUUCUCCCUGAGGGAACUGGUCCAGUGGCUGGGCUUUGCCACCUUUGAACUCUUCCUCCACCUGCUAGCGUUGCUGGUCUUUAGCAUGCUGGUUGCUCUGCGAGCUGACAUGUUCACCCCCACGCUGAGCUGGUGGCUGGUGUUCGUCCCGCUGUUUGCUGCAGACGGCCUCAGCACCUACUUCACAGCCAUCGUGUCCAUCCGUCUUUACCGGGAGAAUGAGAAGCGUCUUGCGGUGCUGCGGCUCCUCUGGGUGCUGACGGUACUCAGCCUGAAGCUGGUGUGUGAGGUGCUGCUGUGCCAGAAGCUGGCGGAGCAGGAGCAAGCCAGAGACCUGUGGUUUGGCCUCAUCGUCUCCCCGCUGUUCAUCCUGCUGCAGCUGCUGAUGAUACGAGCAUGUCGUGUCAACUGAGCAGCGGCAGUUAGUGGUUGUGCUUUCACAUCACCGACAACACAUGAACAGAGAGCAAUCUUCAUCUGCUGUUAGAGAUUUGAAGCAUAACAAUGGUGUAAUUUUUCUUUUGGUUCAUUGCCACCAUUUUUACCCAAAAAAAAAAGCAAUUGUGAGUUUUUCAGACACAUGUUCCAGGCCUCACCAGAAUCCAAUUUUCUAUAAUUUGUGUUUCUAAGAGCUUCAAUACAAUUUAACACAAAUUUUCACUGCUCGCAUAAGUUAUCAUGCAGUAUUUCAAAAAAAGAAGUGGACAAUCUACUCUGUGUGUUGCUAAAUGGUAAAAUACACUAUAUACACAAAGUAUGUGGACCCUCCUGUCCAUAUAGAUGUGUGUACAUUUGGUCUGGGGCUGUUUUUCCUGGUUUGGACCCCUUUCCCGUUCCAAUGAAAGGAAAUCUUACUGCUACAGCAUACAGUUAUAUUUUAGACAAGAGUGCGUUUCCAACUUUGUGGCAACAGUUUGGGAAAAGCUCCUUUCCUGUUUCGACAUGACAGUGCUCUCGUGCACGAAGCCAGGUCCAUAAAGAAAUGGUUCUCCCAGUUUAAUGUGGAAAAAUUGGGCCCGCCUGCACAGAGCCCUGACCUCAACCUCAUUUAACACCUUUGGGAUGAACUGGAACUGGACUGUGAGCCAGACCUUAUCACUCAACAUCAGUGUUGGACCUCACUAAUGCUCUUAUGGCUGAAUGGGAGCAAAUCUCUGCAGCCAUGUUGUGGAAAAUGUUGUGGAAAGCCUAUUGCUACAGUGAACCUUUAGUUGAUUCUGAAGACUGAAUGGAAGUAAAUUGUACCUAGACAACGAAUACCAAUGAAUCAAUGGUUUGUCCCAAUUUUUCUGAACCCCCUUUUCGUUAGGAUGGAUUAUGGCUGUAUGUUUUUGAUACUUUUAGGAAUACAUAGUCAGAGCAGUAAAUAUAUGUAUUUGGGACAUGAUGUGUUUUACAUUGUUCAGUCAAUGGUAGACAAUGAGCCAUGAGGAAAAUUUAUACCAGAGUUAUGUUUUAAUGCACAUGUGCACACAACUUUAAUGAACUGGUGAAACCGAAAGGCUGUAAUGCCCUAGGCACCUUUUUGGGCAACUGUCAUGGGUAACGGAGUUCAAGGAAUUGCUGCAGCUUUGUUGCUUUUUCCAAGUGGAAGACAUUGCUUGCCAACAAAAUUUGGUUAGGUUUAUUAUCUUGUGUCUCACUUUGUUGCCCCCCCAAGUUGCCUAGCUUGCCAAUUCCAUCAGUGAGAAUGGUCUGAACAGCACGAAGCUGGUUCUGAAACUUGCUGUCCGCUCACAGUCUCACCCCAAUGUAGAAGAACUGAAUGUGAUUUCCACAAGCAGUCAAUUGUGUGCACACGUCUUCGCUGGAUAUUGCUGUUUAUCUGUACAAUAUGUAAUGUAUUUGAUCUGUGUUCGAUCCUACCUUGCAUAGGUACCGCAUGUAUUUAAUGCCUCAUUUUAAGAUAAUUCCCCAUAUGAAUUUCUGUGUAACAUGUAUAUGUUGAUUUUUGAAAAGAAAUUCACCAAAUCUUAUUUAUGUUCUUGUUACGGCACCCUUAUUGUCAUCUGUAUAUACAUGUAAAUAAACCAUCGACAUUUAA